AUGAGUUCUAAAUUGUUCACAAAAUGCAAAAGUAAUGAGAUAAAAGCAGAAAUCGAACAAGCUUUCAAAAAGGGGAAACCUAUAAAUAGAAUAAAGAUAGUGUUAAGGAAAGUACUUGCAAAUUUAAUGUUAAAUAAUAAUGAAAUCGUAAAUCUAAUGAAUGAUAUAAUACCAUUAAUGAAACUUGAUGAUAUAGAAAUACGGAAGUUAUGUUGUGAAUAUCUUAUUACAUACGCAUCAUUAACAAAGGAUUCCCUUGAAGCAUUACCAUUCUUGAAACGAUUUAAAGAUGAAUCUUCACCAAUACUAAGAGCUCUUGCAAUAAAAACAAUGACAUCAAUAAAUAUACCUGAUUUUAUCGAAUUAAGUUUGAGUUCAAUCCAACGACUGUUACAUGACAAAGAUUCUUAUGUUAGAAGAACUGCAGCAUUUUCAAUUGCAAGAUUAUGUCAAAAUAUUGGUGAGAAAACAAAUUUAAUUGAAGAGUUAAAUGAACUAUUAUAUGAUAAUGAUUCAAUGGUUGUAGCAGAAGCAUUAGCUGCUUUAAGUUGUAUAACUGAAAGAAGUAAAAAAUUGAAUUUAACAAUUGAUAAAAAUCAUUCAAAAAAAUUAAUAGCAUUAUUGAAAAAUGCAAAUGAAUGGCAACAAGUGUAUAUAUUAAAUGCUUUAAUGUCAUAUGUUCCUCAAAGUGAAAAUGAAGCAUUAGAUUUAAUUGAAUCUGUUUUACCUUCAUUACAACAUGAAAAUUCAUCAGUUGUAUUAAAUACAAUAAAAUUAAUAAUUUAUUACUGUAAUUAUGCAAAAAAUCCAGAAUUACAUUUACCAAUAUUACCAAAAAGAAUAGGAUCAUCAUUAAAUUCAUUAUUAACAAAACCUUCAGAAACUCAAUUUCUAGUGUUAAGAAAUGUUAUAUUAUUAUUAUUAGGUAAAAAUUUUGUUUCAUUUGAUAUUGAAAUUUUUUAUUGUAGAUUUGAUGAUCCAAUUUAUGUAAAAGAUACAAAAUUAGAAAUAAUUUAUUUAUUAGCAAAUGAAUCAAAUAUAGAAUCUGUUUUAGAUGAAUUAGAAGAAUAUGCUACAGAAGUUGAUGUUUCAAUGGCAAGAAAAGCAAUAAGAGCAUUUGGAAAUUUAGCUGUAAAAUUAGAAAAUGCAGCUGAAAGAUGUGUUGAAGUUUUAUGUGAUUUAAUAUCAACUGGUGUUACAUAUAUUGUUCAAGAAGCAGCAGUAGUUUUGAAAAAUGUUUUGAGAAGAUAUCCUGGACGUUAUGAAUAUGCAAUAGAUGAAUUAACUAAAUUUUGUCAUUUAUUUGAUGAACCAGAUGCAAAAGCAGCUAUGAUAUGGAUGAUUGGACAAUACAGUAAAGAUCCGAAAAAGUACUUGGUACAAUUUUCAUAUAAAGAAGAUCCUGUGGAGGUUCAAUUAGCAAUGUUAACUGCAACUACAAAAUUAUAUCUUAAACAUCCUAUAGAAGGUGAAGAAAUGUUAUUGGAUGUUUUAAAAUGGGCAACUGAAGAAACAGGAAAUCCAGAUGUCAGAGAUCGUGGAUAUAUAUAUUGGAGAUUAUUAUCUUCUGAACAAAGUACUUUCAACAAUGAAUUUCAAAAAAAUACAAAAGACAUUUGUAAAUCCUAA